AUUGCCCUGAGCAGUAAUACUGUUGGGUACUCUGUUAUCAGUCUAUUCAUUAGGUUACUGUCUGUGUGAGUACUAUAUGCGGUUUGAGUGCGCCGUAUGCGGCUUUCUUCGCUUUGUUUGCCAAACUUUGCAGUAGCGUCGUCGUGCCCGUUUCAUUUACUAUAGUGGGAAGUACCCACCUCAUCGUACUUGGUGUCUCGUUUUACUUUUAAAUUGCUAGUGGAAAACGGAUGAAGAGGCCAUUAUUGUUGGAUAUCUCUAUUUUUCUCCAGAUAUGGCCUUCUCUUCUUGCUUCUGCCUCCCUCAACUUCCGCUCAAGAUUUGCUAUCCAGAGCGGAAUAUAAGAUCUCAGCAAAUUGAGAAGGUUGGUCCAAAAUUCUCGUUCUCCUUCAAAAGUAAUACCACUGAACUUUUUGGCCAACGAGUUGCAAGAGUGGAAGCUAACUUACUUAGUGACUGGAGUUUUCUGGGAGGUUCAAGAAUCACUAUUCAACCAAAACUUGCAAGAUUCACUGUCUGUCAAAAAUGCUCCAGAGUGCAUGCAUCAUGGUUGACAAAUUCUCAAAUCGCAAGCAGUGUCUUUACUUUAGGAACUGCAGCUGUUCUCCCAUUUUACACCCUCAUGGUGGUAGCUCCUAAAGCAGAACUGACUAGAAAAUCUAUGGAAAGUAGCAUGCCAUAUGUUGUGCUUGGACUUCUGUAUGCGUAUCUUCUAUACCUCUCCUGGACACCUGACACGCUACGCCUAAUGUUUGCAACUAAAUACUGGUUACCGGAGUUAUCUGGUAUUGCUAAGAUGUUCUCCAGUGAGAUGACAUUAGCUUCAGCUUGGAUUCACUUAUUAGCUGUUGAUCUCUUUGCCGCAAGGCAAGUGUUUCAUGAUGGAUUGGAAAAUGAAAUUGAGACUCGGCAUUCUGUUUCUCUGUGUCUCCUGUUUUGCCCCAUUGGAAUUGUUACUCAUGUUAUCACUAGAGCACUAACAAAAAACGACGGAAGUACUAGACAUGGCAUGUAAUCUGUUCGUUCUUCUAUGCAAAAUCAAUUGAACGGAUUCAUUUGAGGUUUUAAAUUAAUUUCUCCAAUUUGAACGCA